AUGUGUUACCCUCGCGAUCGUAUAGGAGUCGUGAAGGUGCUUGUGCAGCAUUCCAGCAACGAUCACAGGAACACAGACCAGGUAGCAGUUGAUACCACCAGACCUCCUAGGCAAGACGAAAUCGACGGAAAGCAUUAUUACUUUGUCAGCUACGAAAUAAUGCUCACCGAUAUUCAGAAGAACGAGUAUCUGGAAUACGGAACUCACGAAGAGUACAUGUACGGCACUAAACUAGAAACGAUACGCAACAUUCAUCGAUUGGGCAAAAUCGCCAUUCUGGACGUUGAACCACAGGCUCUGAAAGUUUUACGGACAGCGGAGUAUUCACCUUUCGUGGUUUUUAUUGCUGCUCCUGAUUUGCAAGGCUUAAAAGACCCGGACGGUAGUUUGGAACGGCUUCUACGCGAGAGCGAACUGCUGCGACAGGCGUUCGGACACUACUUCGAUUACAUCAUCGUCAACAACGACAUCGACGAGACGAUUAAGCACUUGGAGACGCUUAUGGAGAAGCUGCACAUCUGUCCGCAGUGGGUGCCCGUGUCCUGGGUGUACUAG